UGAUGGUGAUGGUAUUUACUAUAUCUGCGGGUUUUGCUGUUUUGUUUGCCGUCAAGUUUCAGCGUUGUCGAACUAACAUGUCGCGCUGACUGUAGUGGAGUUGAACACAGCCUCAGCAGAGCUCGCGAGGCUGCUAACGGUAGUUUAAAGAUGUUCGUUCAGUGUGAAAGUCGUUAAAAUAAGUAACUGCUGCAGCUCUCCUUGUCCUCCGUAGUUAGUUUACUUCUCAUGUGCUUGUGUAACUUGACAUUAUAACAAGUUGGGUGUGUGUGUCCGUGUGGUUUGUAACUGCACCCUGUGUGUGUGUGUGUGUGUGUGUGUGUGUGUGUAGCGUGACAUCACGUGCAACACCUCAGUCUUUAUCUUACCUAAUAUCCCUCCUCCACCCUGACAUUACUGACCAUCAGCCUCUCGUUUAUGCUCCGCAGACCGGCUGACAAAGUUAUUUGCUGAGCCCACUAGCUGUUGGAUCACAUGUGGCAGCUGCUGUGGUGAAUGUACAACCUGGAGAUUAGAUAUUCAGACUGAUCCCAUGUGCCUUAUCACUGUCAAUCAUCCCAUUAGUUACCCUAUAUUUAAACCGUCCUCUAAACAACUGGAACAAUCAUUGUCUGGAGCCGGGGCCUGAAUGGUGUGACUUUCCAUACAACAAUGACCAGGCCUGGUGAAUAGCAUGACGGCCCACAAUGUCUGCAGACGCCCUGCCUGAAUGCUCGGUCCGCCUUUGUUAUUUGGAAUCUAACAUCUUACAACCAGAGCACCUCUCCAAACACCCCUGACUGCUGGUGUCUGUGGGCGUCAGCUUCCUUCUGUUUCCAUUUCCUGGCCUCUGCUGUUGCUCAACUCUUUUUCACCGGGAUGCUGUGGUGGUGAGAAAAACAUCUCCGCUGUAUGGGCUUCAGGCAAACACGUCCCACUGGAGUUAUCUUGAGUGAGGCACUGAAUCUGCGCCAGCUUUGUAGUGGACUUUGACCUCUGACUCCUCUGUGUUUACGGACAGCAGAAAAUAGAAUUUCCCUACAGGAAAUUAACAAUCACUCCUUCAAAUUAUUGGUAUAACCACAUCCAAGUGCAGACCUUCCGCCUCAGACCGUGGCCUCCCCAGCUCCUGUUCCACUUUGCCGCCCGCAGUACCAUGCUGGGUACACUCCUGCGGAGGAACAUGUCUCAGAAGCUGAGUGUGCUGCUGCUGGUAUUCGGCCUGGCGUGGGGACUCAUGCUGCUGCGCUACACUGUGCAGCAGCCUCGCCAUCAGAGCAGCGCCGAGCUACGUGAGCAGAUCCUGGAGCUCAGCCGACGAUACGUCAAAGUCCUGACCGAGGAGAACCAGAAUACUCCAGGAGGGCCGCAGGGAACCUCCAUGGCUGGUUAUGCUGAUCUGAAGAGGACUAUAGCUGUGUUACUGGACGACAUUUUGACAAGGCUGGUCAAACUGGAGGGCAAAAUCGAGUUGGUAGCAAAUACCUCGUCCACUAACACCUCCCACGCAGCAGGGGGCGUCCUUGCGUCUGCCACCGCUGCCCUACAGAAAUCCUCAAAACAGGAGACACCUGGCAGCCAUCCGGGGACAUCACGUCUUCACCCACAUGUCCCUAAUAGGCCUCGGCCAUAUUAAGGAGCAUUGUCUCGACAGAUGAACUGAUUUAAUUUGAGCACAUCACACUGUUCCAGCAUUUAUCACUGAUGAAACAACAUCAGACAAAGUGAAAAAGCAAUAGUGAGACUAAUGGACAUCCAGAGACUCGGGAUGCUUCUCAGAAAUGUUCAGCCUAUUCAGAGAAGAAGAAAGACUUCUUUACGCUCUGUCUUAUCAUAUGCUGAUAUUUAUUUAUUUUUUACCAAGACUAUCCAGCACAUUGAUUUAUAUUUAAAUUUGUUGAUUUUAUUUGGCUUAAUUUUUUGCAUUUUUAAAAAAAAAUAAAUUUGAAUCUCGUGACUGUUAAAGCUAAUGCAGAGAGAUGUAAACACUCUGAACCUGAUUCUCAUACACACUCUCAUAUGCUCUUAUCUACCUAUUGUAAACUAGUUUACAAUACUGCUUCAACAUAUCAAAAUGCUGAACUAACAGUAGUAGUUGAUAGUUAUGACAACUUAUAUAGCUGUGUAGCUAAUGGCUACAUAUCAGUCUUUAGCUUGUUCAGUUGCUAAAUACUGUCCUGAAGAAGAUUCUAAUUUUAGAGUACACAUAUAGUCUUAAGGAUAAUUAAACUGUACAGUUCACCGGUAAGAGAUAAUCCAAAGAAUGUUACUUGCACUCCAUCUGAAGGGUGUAUGUAUGUGUCCACUGUUGCUGAGAUUUAUGCAGAAUAUGACGGGGUGAUGCCUAUCUGUCACUGUUAACAUGAGCGUGUGCUUUGUCUUGGUUCCAUGGUGUCUAGAGAUGUUUUAAUUGAGUGUGGAACAGAUUGAAUGUACUGUGUAGUCAGUCUUUAGCCCUUUAUUGCUGUUAAGAUGACUGACAUACUGCUUACACAUGUUCAGGGUUCAUGUUGCACUGUGACUCUAUAGAGAUUUUCUAAAAAUACUGGGCGUAUCCAGCGUUGACUUUUAGGAUAUAUUAAGGGGAUGGACGUCAGGCGCAGGAAUAUUCGUUCUUCCAACCUUUCUGCUGGUCCUGUGUGUCGUCUCUAUUAUAGCAAGAAACACCCCGUCCUGCCCAGAGGAAGAAGAUCUUUAAUCUGCUCAUCAUGAGGCUCAUUGACAAGAUGACUGUGUGGAGCAAAAAAUAUUGGCAAUAUUGGGAUUUUAUGAGACUAAGUAAAUGUGGGAGGCAUAGCAAAAUUCGAGGCAAAGAAUUGUGUCUGAAUGAUGCUAGAUGGAACUAUUGAACUGUGGUUUGAGUGGUGCCAUAAAAUGUAUUUUGCUUCAUAAUGCUAAAGUAGAAAAAAUGGCAAGCUGGCCAAUUGCUGUGAGAUAGCUUUACUAAUAAAUGGAGGACGAAGGAUUUUCUCCCUUAUUGAA